UGUGUAGCCGCGCGCAACGCGCAUGUGUGCGCGCCGGUACGUAUUUGAGUGAACGCAGCGGCAUCAGCGGCCCGCAAGAGAAUUAUAGCGUGAACGCGACUUGUUUCGAUGCCGUCAGCGCAUACAUUUCAACGUUGUGUGCUAUUGUAAAUUGUACUAAUUGGGCAUGGCGGUCUUUUCUGACAAAACAGUGCUAUCAUCAAUAACAACCCCAGUGGCCAUAUUAUACAACGUCUGCACAAACGUCCAGUGAAUUCUAAAGUCGUGUCGAAAUACAAUACAAACGCGACGCAUGCAAAACUAUCGUGUAGUAUUGAGUGCAAUAUGCACUUUGACAGUGUGUGCGUGUGUGUAGUGUUCGCAAAUAGUUAGUGCGAAAGGUGCUCGACGCAAUGAUAACUAUUGUGUCAUGAUCUACUGGUCCGGAUAAUGAUACAUGAAAAAGGAAUACAACGUUUAUUUAAGUAUAGUAUUAUUUGGAUAUGGAUCCAAUUUUAGAAAAUGAAUCUGCAACACCAGAGUCUCCUUCGAAACAUGAAAAAAAUAAACAUAAACACAGGAAGAAAAGGCAUCAAUCUGAGACGCAGAAAGAUGGGCAAACAGUGGUCGGCGAGAAGAAGAAAUUUGUUGUCACUACGUUAUCGUCAUCUGAUGAAAAGGAAACUACGCCUGAAAGGCUACCAAACGCCAAUGUACAUACUAUACACUUUGGCACACGAGGAGUUGAAUCCCAACGACCUCAUGUGCGAACAAUUUUUAAAGAUAAACCUGUAGAAUCUUCUAGGCCCUCAAGUGCUGAAAGAGAUUCGAACCAAAAGGAAUAUGAAACCUUUCACGGUACCUCUUCUAGUCCACGAAGCUCCAUUUUUGAUAUAUUUCGAUUAAGAAGAAAAAGUGAUUCAAAGAAACAUCAAGCAGUUAUUCAAAAUGUAAAAGCUUCCACUUCCAAGUCGACUGACACCGACGAUUCCUCAAAAGAAGAAAAACCUGUGGAUCCGAAAGAUUCACAUAAAAAAUAUUAUCACACUGUAACUGGUGCCUCAUCACGGAAAUUUGGUCCAAUAACAAGGGUGAUGGAUAUUUUUAGAAACAAACCACACACAGAACAUAACCAAUCACCUGCUGAUGCCGCAAAAAAGAAAAAUAGUAAACAAAUCCGACGCUCUUCAAUAGAAACCACUUCUCCAACUUACCAUAAAAAUUCAUACGCUUCGCUUGAACCAGCACAGGCAAAGCAACUGUUUCGAGAAGUUAGAGGUUUACCUAAAUAUGACCCUUACUUAUCCAUCGUACAAAUAUCUAUUGGAGGAAGAGAUAAAACUAGGCUUUUAUUGAAUUUUUUCAAAUACCACAAAUGUUAUGAAAUAUUACCAAAAUCAGCGAAAGUUAUUAUAUUCGACACUCAAUUCUCAGUGAAAAAAACUUUUCUUACACUAGUAUCUCACGGUAUUCGUUCAGCACCUCUUUGGGAUGCAAAUAAGAAAAUGUUAGUGGGUAUGAUCACAGUGACUGAUUUCAUUAGAAUUCUUCUGCAUCUUGACUCUGAGAAUUUGUCUAUGGAGGAUCUGGAACGUCAUACACUUCAUAAUUGGAAAAAAAUCUUACGACCUACAAGAAAGCCGUUAUGCGCCGUGGGACCGGAUCAAUCGUUGCACGAAGCCAUCAAUUUAUUGACAAAGAACCGUGUCCAUCGUCUUUUAAUGAUUGAUCCAUUUACCGGUGAUGUUUUAUACAUAUUAUCACACAAAAGAAUCUUAAGAUUUUUGUUCGUUUACUUGAAUGAAUUUCCCGAAUUAACUUUUUUUCAAAAGAGGUUAUUGGACUUAAAAAUUGGUACAUAUGAUGAGAUCUUGUCUGUAACUGAAAACACUACUAUUAAAGAAGCGUUCAAAUUGUUAUUAGAAAAAGAUGUGUCUGCUUUAGCUAUUUUAGAUGACAAUGGCACUCUUAUUGACGUUUAUGCAAAAUAUGAAGUUUUAAAUCUGGUAAGUGAAAAAUUGUAUUUGAAUUUGUCACUGACUAUAGGCGAGGUAAGAAAUAAAAAGAAAGACUGGGAAGAAAAGUUACAAAAAUGUCGUUCAAGUAUUACUCUAUAUGAGGCCUUAGAAGUUAUAGUUAGAACUGAAAGUCAUCGAUUAUUACUAGUAAAUAAGGAUGAUAAAUUGAUAGGAAUUGUAUCCCUGUCUGAUAUUUUAUUGUAUCUCAAUAGGAUUAUUCCGACGGAAAAGAAGGUCUCUUCACUUCAAGAGAUAUUUAGACCACUUGAAGAAAACAAGUUGCCUGAAUCACUUAAAGAAAGCGAGAACGAAGUAAUAUCUAUAGAAGUUCCAAACUUAGCAGCGAAAAUUGUACCUGAGGCUAACGAGGCCACAACGAAAUCUAAUAUUGCUAUCGAUGGUAUUUCUACAGAUGUUACUUCAGCGAAUGUUUUGGAGACUGACGUUGAAGGUAGUAAUAAUAAAACAAUCCACAAUUCUAUCUCGAGAACUCCAUCUGAGUCGUUGCCACUAGCUGAUAAUAUUAAUAAUAAUGGAGAUGAGUAAAUGUAAUAAAUAUAGUUGUUUUGUCCUUUAAUCCCAAAGAAAUUGUUAAUGAUUUUAUAGCAGAAUUAGAUUGUUAAUCUCAAAUUAUGCUUAUUGCUUGUGUCUAAUGAUAUUGUAAUUUAACUUAUUGUCAGUCAUUAAUAGAUGCAUUAAACACCACG